GUUGAAGAAACCGCGCUCUGAUUGGUGGAGAGGCUGAGCUGUGUCAAAGAAGUGGCACGUUAAGGAAGGAAGAGGACGUUGACUAGAAAUGAUGAACUUUGGAAAUAUUACAAUAUCGAAAUGGCUAGCUAGACAUGUGCAUGUAAGAAGAACAUGUUAACUGUCAGAAUGUUGUCGUGGCUUAUAAAUAACUUAAAUAACAAUAGCCUACGUGGUUUACUUUAAUUUAGCAUAGUGGCUGUUGCGUUACACUGUCUGUAACAGGGAUUUGAAGCACUGCUAAUUUACAGCUGCACUAUAAUUUUUGAGAAUAUUUAAGAGUUGAAAGAUGAUUAGACACUUAGUGUACAGUAGGUGGUUGUUUCACCACAGUAAAUCCGUGAACACAUUAGUUUGCUUGCAUGGCAGGCAGACAAGACUGCUCAGUACUUCUAAAAGCAGCAGGAAUAUUAUGCCUGCCUGGGUUAUUGAUAAAUAUGGAGGCGAUGAUGUGUUGCGGUUUACUAAAAAUGCCAGUUUCCCCAUCAUCACCUACCCCAAUGAGGUUAUUGUCCAAGUGCAUGCAGCAGCACUGAACCCAAUUGAUGUCAGCAUGAGAGGUGGUUAUGGCGCUUCAACGCUGUCCAUGAAGAGAGACCCUCUGAAUAUCAAGCAGUCAGGGACCGAGUUCCCUCUCAUCCUGGGAAGGGAUGUGUCUGGGGUCAUCAUGGAAUGUGGCCUGGAUGUGAAGUACUUCAGAGAAAGGGAUGAGGUGUGGGCAGCGAUCCCCCCAUGGAAGCAGGGCAGCUUCGCUGAGUUUGUGGUGCUGAGUGCCAAUGAGAUAUCCCACAAACCAAAAUCACUGAGCCACAUAGAGGCAGCAGCCUUUCCCUAUGUGGCAACAACUGCCUGGUCAGCACUGGUCAACACCGGUGGGCUCAGUAAAGACAACUGUGCCAAGAAGAGGAUUUUGAUCCUCGGAGGAUCCGGGGGAGUGGGAACAUUCGCUAUACAGAUGCUGAAGGCUUGGGGGGCCCAUGUUACUGUCACAUGCUCCCAGAAUGCAGAGCGGUUUGUGAGGGACCUGGGGGCAGACCAUGUGGUGGACUACACUGCUGGGCCUGUUGAGGAGCCGCUCAGUGUACUGGAGAAAUUUGACCUCAUCCUGGAUAAUGUCGGGGGGGAAACGGAACGUUGGGCGCUGAAUCUGCUCAAGCCUUGGAGUGGCGCCAAGUAUGUCACCCUGGUAACACCGUUCCUCCAGAACACUGACAGCUUGGGCAUUGCUGAUGGGAUGAUGCAGAGUGCUUGCACAAUGGCCACCAAAGCCCUCAAGCACCUAAUCAAAGGAGUUCACUACCGCUGGGGAUUCUUUGCACCUAGUGGUCCUGCAUUGGAUGAUGUAAGGGACAUUGUGGAUGCAGGACAGAUUCGGGCUGUGGUGGAGGAGACGUUCAGCUUCUCUCAGGUUCCUCAGGCCUUCGAGAAGUUGGAGAAAGGUCACGCUCGCGGGAAGACUGUGGUCCAGAUCAUUGAAGAGCGAGCUGACUUAUAGCACUGACUCCUGGAGACUCUGUACAUUUUUCUGCACAACUGUAAAAAACAACUGAUUUGAACGCAACAUCUUCGAUCUGUCGAGUGCAAGUGACAUCUACAGGACAUAUUUGAAAUAAAUCUUACCUUCAUGAAGGUUUUUAAGUUUUAUUGAAAGUGUUACUUAUCAUACAGUAUGUUUGUAUACAGCCAACGAUGGACUUUAUAACCUCCAGUGGGUGUGGCUUGCUGCUUCUGCAUGGUAUCAUUUUAGCCAACAUUUUAGAACAAGCCUGACUGGUUCCCGUUUGUCCUCCAGAGUAAAUGUGUGUACAUCGUCGUAAUUUUACAAACAUGUUAUUUUGUUUACAUUUGUAUUUCUAUGCACCAGUGGAUAACA